ACUAGAGCUUGAUCCGCGCAUCCGCGCAGGUGUUAGUUUUUUUAUAAAUGAAUAUUUAUUUCUAUAAGUGAUAAUAUAUAUUUUAAAAUUUACCCAUUCAAAUUUUUUUUUAAUAUGACAUUUCUAAACACAAUAAUUUUAUAGUUUAUAUUGAGUAGUUUUAUUUUAUCACAUAAACCCUUAACUAUAUCAUCCAUUUAUUUAGAAUAUGACCUGUAAAGUCACACAAAUGUAUUUUUAUUUUUUAUGGAUCAAAAUUUUAUGAUUAUAUUGUUGUAUAAACUGUUUUUAUGGAUCAAAAUUUUAUGAUUAUGUAUAAUAAAAUUGUUGUAUACUAUUUAUUAUGUAUAUGUGGAAUUAGUAAAAUAAUUACCAUAUAAUGUAUGUAAUUACGAAAUGUAUAUAUAGAAUUAAAUAUUUUCAAACACACAUAUGUAUAAUAAAAAAAGGAAAGGACAAAGAAUAUUAAAAGUUAAGUUUAUUAACUAUUGUUGCCAUGAUCUUUUAGUUAGAAUAUGAUUUUGGAAAUACAUUAAUUGAAGAGAAAAGACAAAAAUCCUAAAGAAUAGGUUAAUUAAUAAUUUCAGUGGCAUGCCAUUGUAAAUAUAGUGGAAAACUAACGGAUAAUCUAAUUUUGUACUGCUCUUUUAAUAGAUUAGAUAGAGAACCUAGAAAGUUUAAGAAAUCUUGAAACCUCAUCAACCAUUAACAUUAUUACAUUACUUCUUUCUUUUUUUGUUGUUGCUUUUGUCCGUACGUUAUCGUCGUCCGUUUAAAACUUUUUAAUCUUAUCCCUAAACUUUAUCAUCGUAAGCAAAUCUAGGUUUAUGUUCGAGAUUUAUGAUGGGUAUUGAAAUAUAUAUGGGUUGUGCUUUCAAUAAUCUUAUCCAUAUUUUUUGUCAAAAAAACCCAUCCAUCAUGAUCAUCACCAGUGACCGCCACCAGAUCUUAAAACGUUUACUUGUUGCAGUGAACUUAAAAAAACAACAUUUUUGUUAUUUCAAUAGACACGGAAAUGGGCCAUUAUGCUUAAUAGACUUUUAGUCUACAACUUUAUCUCUCAAAACCCAUAAACCCAUAUAUAUAUAUAUAUAUAUAUCGGUUUUAUACCAAAAACACAUAUAUAUUUAUCUUUACAAUAUUUUGUAAAUUUUACUUUAUAUAAUUAGAAAUCGACAUACUAUUUUUCUUUUACUAUUUAAAACUAUUAGUGAACAUGUCAAGUUGAUAAUAAUAAUAGUUUUUAUAGAAUAAAAAGAAGUAAUCCAUAAAAAAAUAAAUAACUAAAUGUUAGUAGACAUAUCUGUCAAUGACAAAAGUAAAAAUUAUGUUUUUUUUAAUUUGAUAAAUAUGAAAAAUAACUUUUAACUUCAAACAAAAUGUUAUAUUACUAAAAUCAACAUUUUAAAUAUGAAAAUCAUAUCAAUAAACAAUUUAUGUGUAUAUUAAAUUAGAUUAUAAAAUUUACAUAUAAUUAUACUACUAUAUUUUCAUUAAUUGGUUUAUUCAGUUUGAUUGGUUUAUAUAUCAAAUCAUAUACAUAUACCGCGGUUUCUUAAAAAUAACAUUCAUUUAGUAUAUUUGGUUCUACCAAAUCCAAACCACUUUCUCUAUUUUGGUUUGGUUUUACCGUAUUGAACACCCUCGUUUCCACUUCAUCACUUUGCCUCGUUUCUUCCACCGAAUCUAUUACGUUUUGACUCCCAAUGUUUCCGGCUUUUGGCUCUAAGUAAAGGUGAUUCCUUCAACGCCAUCUUUACCGGCUCCUUUUCUCGCAGCUCACCAUUCCUUUACAGGAUGUUGGCAAGGUUGGUCUCAGAAUUCUUUCUAGCUCCUUUUUUUCCUUUCUUCUUGUCGCUUCUCUGUUCGUCGUUUCUCGGUUGAAUCUCGAUUUGAGAAUUGGAUUAUCUUUUCCUUCUUUUGCAUGUUUCAUCUUCAUUUUUCUCUUUAUCAUUAAAGAUGUCUGUAUUAAUUUUGCAGGUAAAUCUGAUUUCUCUAGAUUUAUUGUAGGCAAAAUACUCUCUCAAAUACAUAAGUGGUGGUCUGUUAGUCUCAUCCGGCUUCGUUACGAGUUCUCUUUAAACCCUUCAAUCAUUGUCAUGAUUUCGUUAGUCGAAACUGCAGUGAAAAUUAUUAAAACUAAAGACUGAGCUUAAAUUAUAAAAAAUACGACAAAUAAAUCAAAUCAGUCUAUAAUAUUAUUUAAUAAAUGAUUUUUCUAAUUUGUUAUGUUUUUCGUGAUUUUAUGAUGAAUCAUUAGUUUUACUCUGUACUAUUAUUGAAAACUAUAUUAAUAUAUAUGACUUUUAUUAGUUUUGGCUUACAUAUUGUUAUUUUAUGAUAUUUAUGAUAUCUUAUUAUGUACCUUUAUAGCAUGUGAGUUUUACCUAGUUUUCUUUUUGGUUUAAGAGCCUCACCAUGUUUUUAAAUAAUAGUAUGGAAAUAUUCUUUCAAUAUUAUUUUGGAAAAUAUAUUUUAAACAGGAUUAGGAAAAUUGAUAACAUAUAUAACCGGAUUCUUAGAAAGGUUAACAAAUAAAUAGGUUAAAUUUACUCCUCAUGAAUACAUAAGCGGGUUUGUUAGUCUCAUCCGGUUCAGUAACGGGUUUUCUUUUGAAGCCUUCUCUCAUUGUCAGGUGGAUGAUUUCGUCGUCUGGUGGUCGAAGUUUAAAUUAUAGAUAAAAAUAAAGACCGAGCUUAAAUCAUAGAAAAUACGACAAAUAAAUAAAAUUGGUCUAUACUAUUAUUUAAUAAAUAAUUUUUCUAAUUUGUUAUAUUUUUCGUAAUUUUACGAUGAAUCAUUAGUUUUACUCUGUACUAUUAUUGAAAACUAUAUCAAUAUAUAUAUAUAUAUAUAUAUAUAUAUAUAUUGUGACUUUUAUUAGUUUUGGCUUUCAUAUUGUUAUUUUAUUGUUAUUUUAUUGAUAUUUUAUGAUAUUUUAUUAUGUACCUUAUAGCAUGGGAGCUUUACCUAGUUCUUUUUUUUUUUGUUUAAGAGCACCUUGUUUUUAAAUAAUAGUAUAAAAGAUAUCUUUCGUUAUUAUUUUGGAAAAUAUAUUUUAAACAGGAAUAGGGAAAUUUUGAGCAAAAAAAAGGAUAGGAAAAUUGGAGUCGGUAAUAACAUAUAUAUACCCGGAUAUACUUAGGAAGGUUUAAGAGCCUCCCCCUGACCCGAUAAUGUCUCCUCCUCCUCUGAUGAAAGUCAGAAAACUAUCUUCAUUCAUGGCGGGCAAGAGACCAAGAGAAGAUGAUAAUGAUCCGUCGUUACCUUCACCAUUUUCUUGGCUGCCCGACGAACUUGUUUUGCAGUGCUUACUCCACGUCCCAAAAACCUACGACCUAAACCUCUCUUACGUUUCCAAAACCCUAAGGUCUCUUGUUCGCUCUCCUGAGCUCCUCCGUUUGCGCUCUUCCCUCCCUAAAAACUCCAUCUAUGUCUACUUCCGCGGGAAAAAAACUCUUAAACCGAAACAAUAUUGGUUCACUCUCCGUCCGAUUCAGAGCUCGAAACGGGAGAUUGAGUAUCAGUUGAUUCCGGUUAGUAACUUCCCUUCUCAUCCUUUUAUGUACAACUCUUCAGCCGUAGCGGUUGGAUCAGAGAUAUUCUUCGUUGGUGGAUUAUCCGAACCUUCUUCUGAUCUUUGGAUUCUUGAUACUCGUUCGGGAGAGUUAGCUCAAGGACCAAGCAUGAAGGUGGCUCGAACUUGUGACUCCGUUGUCGGAGUAAUCAACGGGAAGAUACACAUGAUCGGAGGGUGCCUAAACAAGAAGAUUCAAGUCGAGGUUUACGAUCCAAAAAAGCGAAGCUGGACAGUAGGCGAGGGUCCUGACGAGAGGUUUCGACUCAGACUAAUGACGACGCAGUUAACUGCGUCGCUCGGUUGGAAUGUUUAUUCUGCUGAAACUGCGAAAAUCAAUGUGUACAAUGCGAGACAAGGUGGAAGACUGGAGACUGUGAAGAUGCCGAGUGAUGUUGUCUGGUGCAUGUGCGUGGUCGCUGAUUUGCUUUAUGUUUACUAUUUUCGUGAAGGGUUGAUGUGGCUUGAUGCAAAGAGUAAGAUAUGGAAAAGAGUAGUUGGUGUUGGGUGUAAUGAUUUGAAGGCACUUGAUGUUAAGUUUCAUGACGCUGUAAUGGCGGAAUAUAAUGGAAAGCUGGCGAUUUUGUGGCCCGAGGCCGAGGGUAAUCAUUUAGUUAAGCCGAAGAUAAGGAUUAGGUGUGCGUUGAUCGCGUUGGAUUGGGUUGGAGAUGGAAUGCGUGGGAGGAUUGAGUGGUCUGGCACCGUAGCCGAAAUGCCAGAUAAUUAUUCUUUUCAUAAAAUUUUUGUUGUUUCUGGGUGA